AUGCACUCCUAUCAAAAUCCAAGCGUCCCAUCGGCUCUUGCCAUUUUUGAGCCCCUUCAAGUAGGUUCCGUGAUCUCCGUUGAUGGUCAUGUUCGUCAUGGACAUCACAAAAAUUUUGCCGUUGAACUUCUCUCCGGACAACAUAUCGUCCUCCAUGUCAACUUUCGAUUCCACCACGAGCAUGUCGUCGUGAUGAACUCGCAAUCCUAUGGAUCAUGGGGAUCGGAAAUCCGUCAUCGUAACCCUUUGCAUCAUUCGGAUCACUUCAAUCUCAGAAUUCAGGUUCACUCUGGAUAUUAUAAUAUUUCGGUGAAUGGCGUCCAUCUUGCUGACUAUCCACACCGAUUCCCAUUCCAAUCCGUUCAGGCAAUCGGGCUCAAGGGAGAUGUUCACGUCGAUCGUGUAAACUUCGAAGGAUUCCAUUUCCAAAGAGAAUGGGCUGGACAUAUUGACUUUGGCCAUUCUGGCUACAACGCAUAUGGAACCGAAUCUUAUGUGCCACCAGCUUUCCAACCAACUCAUCAAUACAACGCCUACUAUUAA